AUGCGUUUUACAGUGUUCUCCGCUGCCGUUUUGGCCUUCGCACAACACGCGUACGCGUUGCCGGUCGAGGCCGAGCAAGCAUCCGGUCUGGAUGUUACCUUGAGCCAAGUCAGCGAUACCCGCAUCAAAGCUGUGGUCAAGAACACUGGUAAUGAAGAUGUUACCUUUGUGCACCUUAACUUCUUCCGCGACAGUGCACCAGUGAAGAAGGUCGCAGUCUACAAAGACGAUGACGAGGUCACAUUCGAAGGCAUCAAGCGCCGAUUCAAGCUUCAGGGUCUCACAUCGGAAGCUCUCACAACGCUGGCUGCCGGGGAGACUCUGGAGGAUGAGUUCGACAUUGCGGCAACUAGCGAUCUGUCACACGGUGGCCCUGUGGUGUUGCGUUCUAGCGGCCUGGUGCCUCUAGUGAACGAGGGAGCCGUCUCCGGCUAUCUGCCGUAUCACUCGAACGACCUCAAGAUUGAAGUCGAUGCAGUGAAGGCAUCCCGUGUAAACAAAGCCGUGAAGCCACUCAACCGGCGCACUCAGGAGAGCUGCAGCAACUCGAGUCGCAAGUCAGCCCUCGAACGGGCCCUUCGGAACGCCGCGUCCCUCGCAACAGCGGCGGCGAAGGCAGCCCAAUCCGGCUCCGCGUCCAAGUUCUCUGAGUACUUCCACACCACAGAUAGUUCGACCCGCCAGCUUGUGGCUGCUCGUCUGCAGGCAGUCGCUAGGGAGGCCCAGUCGACCACCUCUGGGGGCACCAAGUACUAUUGUACUGAUGUGCUCGGAUACUGUGAGACGAACGUGUUGGCCUACACGCUGCCAUCUCAGAAUGUCAUUGCAAACUGCGACAUCUACUAUUCCGAGCUGCCGGCGUUGGCGAGCAGCUGUCACAGCCAGGACCAGGCGACAACCAGCCUGCACGAGUUCACUCAUGCCCCGGCCGUCUAUAGUCCCGGCACCGACGACCUGGGAUAUGGUUACUCGGCUGCAACCGCCCUCAGCACCAGCGACGCCAUCAUGAACGCAGACACGUAUGCCCUGUACGCUAACGCAAUCAACUUAGGCUGCUAA